AAACACCUCCAAAAGUUGAGUUAACAAACUGCACAAAAAUGAAGAAUAGAAACAUUUAUACACCCUUUCAGAAUCUUUCAAUCUUUAUCACUUUUUUGCUCUCUACUUUCACUAUCACCCGUUAGAUUAUAAUCACCCCCUUAAUUUUCACCGUUGAUUUAAGGGCGCACUUAGAUCCUCUUCUCCCUUUCUCUCUCCUCCCAUCUCAACUCCCCGCCAUUUUACUGCUCCUACAAUCUCAACCCUAGAUUCAUUCCUUUCACUUCACUCUACAACUUUCUCUCUCUAAAACUCACACUUUCUCUUUCUAACUCACCAGAAUCAAUGGGUUUCUUCUUAAGUUAACCCCAACAAAAAAAAAAUCAUCCCAAAAAAUAAAAAAAACUUACAAGAAAAAAAAAAUGGGGGAAGAGCAAAAAUCCAAUGACCCAGAAAAUUCCCGGAACUACCCUUCACCGUCGACCACCGGAGAAGACGAUAUCCGGAGAUUAAUCGAUGACAUCGAAUCAAUAGUCACACUUUCACACACCAUUCGUGUGUUCACCAUUAAAUGGCAGCUAAUUCGGAAGAAGCUCGAGGAGUUGAGCAUGUUUCUUGUUGCGGCUGAAACCCCAUUACCAAGAUACAAUCAUAAUGAUAAUAAUGUUAAUACCCAAAAUCUUCACCAGCAUAAAUGUUUAUCGGAGGCGGUCGCGGCAAUCUCCGGCACCGUGAGAGUGUGCCGUGAUCUCGCCAACCGCUGCAUAAACGUCUCCUACAGCGGCAAGCUCCUGAUGCAGAGUGAAUUGGAUAGAGUAAUAUCAAAGCUCGACUUCGCUGUUAAGGGUGUAACGGACAUUUAUAAUAGCUCAGGCGUUGUUACCGGUGAUCUUGCAUUGGUUGUUCUGAAGCCGGGCCUCGGGUCGGGCCGAGAGGAUAUGCGGUUUUAUGUGAAGGAUUUAUGGACCCGGCUUAAGAUUGGUGAUACUCAGAUGAAGAGACAAGCAUUGGUUUCGUUGAAUGAGGUUAUUACUGAGGAUGAAAAGUAUGUGAAGAUUGUUGUUGAGAUGGGUGAUUUGGUGAUACUAUUGGCAAAUUGUUUGGACUCGAAUGAUUGUUGUAUUCAGGAGCAGUGUGCGUUUGCAAUCGCGGUUGUUUCGGGUUUUGAUUCUUACAAGGGAGUGUUGAUUGUUUCCGGUGUGAUCGGGCCGUUGAUUCGGGUUCUGGAGAAGGGGAGUUUGAAGGCGAAAGAGAGUGCUAUUCGAUGUCUUGAGAAGUUGACUGAGAAUGGGGAUAAUGCUUGGGCGCUUUCGGCUCACGGUGGUGUGACUGUUUUGCUUAAUUUAUGCUCGAAUUAUGAACAAGUUGAUGUUGAAUUGAUCGGGCCGGCUUGUUGGGUGUUGCGUAAUCUUGUUGGGGUUGAGGAAAUCAAGCGGUUUAUGAUCGAAGGUGAUGCGAUUUCGGUUUGUGUUAGGAUCAUUAAGGGAAGAGAUGAAUUGGGUCAGAUUGGUGCAGCUGAAUUCUUGCAGUCUAUGGCUUCAGGGGACGAGAAUGUGCGUCAAUUGGUGAUUAAAGAAGGCGGGGCACGAGCUUUGGCUCGAAUUGUUGAUCCUAAAUCGAAUUACUCUUUCAAAUCGAGGGAAUCAGCGUUGAAGGCGAUUGAGAAUUUGUGUUAUUUAUCAGUAGAGUCUGUUAAUAUGUUAAUAGGUUAUGGUUUUAUGGACCAGAUUCUGUAUUUUCUUCGAAAGGGUGAUACUUCUAUACAAGAAUUGGCGUUUAAAUCGGCUUGCAGACUAUGCGGGACAUCAGAGGAUGCAAGAAAAUCAAUGGGGGAUAUUGGUUUCAUGGCUGAAUUUGUCAAGUUUUUAGAGGCGAAAUCUUAUGAAAUUCGAGAAAUGGCUGCUGAAGCAUUGUCAAUCAUGGUUUUAGUGCCUAAAAAUCGAAAGAAAUUCGCAAAUGAUGAUCAUAAUAUUGGAUUAAUCCUUCAAUUGGUUGAUCCAAAAGAGGGAAAUUCUGGGAAUUUUAAGUUCUUAUUGUCUAUAAUACUGUCACUUAGCAGCUGCAAUCAUGCUAGAAGAAAAAUUGCACAUUCUGGGUAUGUCAAGAACAUAGAAAACCUUGCUGAUGCAGGUGUUUCUGAUGCUAAAAAAAUUGUCAGAAAAUUAUCAGCAAAUAGAUUCAGAAACAUGUUGAAUGGGAUCUGGCAUUCUUGAGGAAAAAAAGAAAAAGAGAUUGUAAGUUUUUGUUUAAUUUUUUUUUUCUGCCACUUUUUUUUUUUUUUUUGGGUUAAUUUUUUAAAUUUUUUUUACUGUACAUCUGCAUAUAUGUGGGAUGUUUUUAGUUUGUAUACCCACCACCAUCCUUCACCCAUGCUCUUUAAUCAACUCCAUAAAUACUGCUUUAAAUGCAGCAUUUUGGUUAGCUUGUAACUAUCACUAAAGAAAUUAUAAGGAUGAGAAAAAAAGUACAUUAGAAAGUUGAUAGAUUUUAUUAUAUGAUGUAAUGUUAUAACUGAUUCAAUCACAGUUUUGUGACCUUGGUACUGUAUGUGUAAAUCUGUAUGUUCUAUGCUGCUGAUAGUUCUGA